AUGUCCUCAUCACCAAACGAGUCAAAGACGCUGUGUGACUACCUCGGAAUAGAGGAGGCAGUGGACUAUGGUAGCAAUACCAGUGUCCAGGGUGAUACAGGGACAAUUUCCGACUCACUGAUGUCUGAGGUACAACCUUCGAAUACCUUAAGUCCGUUCUUUGAACGUGGACAUGCAGGCGCGCCACUGGCGAAGCACUCAACACCUGGUUCUGAUGAAACUAUCAUCACGAACCCGCUCGAUGAGCAACAACAAUUGCUUGUCCAGCAAGAAGAAGAUGCUCAGCGUCAUGCACAAAUGGGUGCAACCCUUGAGCGCCAGCGUGAAUAUGUAUUCACUCCACCCAGUGUGGAGGAACGUCUACGUCAAGCGGCCGGCCAAAAAAUGGCAACGUGGGUCAUUGGCCAUGGGCCUAAGACUCCUGAGGAGGUGGUGAGCUGCCAGGCACUUCGUGAGAGGUACCUGGAUCCACACCUAACGAUUUAA